UCCCGCCAUGGCGCGGUUCGAGCCGGCGGCGCUGCCCGAGCUGCUCCCGGUUUUCUACCGCCGGCUCUUCCCGCACGGCCCCUACGGCCGCUGGCUCAGCUACGGCGGCGUGGUGAAGAACUACUUCCAGCUGCGGGAAUUCUCCUUCACCCUGCGGGAUGAUGUGUACCUGCGGUUCCAGUCCUUCGGCAGCCCCCAGGAGCUGGAGCGGGAGCUGCAGAAGAUCAACCCUUACAAGAUCGACAUCGGGGCCGUCUAUUCCCACCGGCCCAACCAGCACAACACGGUGCACCUGGGAGCCUUCCAGCCGCAGGAGAAGGAGCUGGUCUUCGACAUUGACAUGACGGAUUACGAUGACGUCCGGACGUGCUGCAGCUCGGCCGAUAUCUGCUCCAAGUGCUGGACGUUGAUGACCAUCGCCGUCCGCGUCAUUGACCGCGCGCUCGUGGAGGACCUGGGCGUGCGGCACCGCCUGUGGGUGUACUCUGGCCGGAGGGGCGUCCACUGCUGGGUGUGCGACGAUGCGGUGAGGAAAUGGUCCCCGGCGCUGCGGGCGGCUGCUGUGGAGUACCUGAGCCUGGUGAAGGGCGGCGCAGACACGGUGAAGAAGGUGAACCUCUCCCACCCCGUGCACCCCUUCAUCAGGCGCUCGGUCGGCGUGGUGGAGAAAUACUUCGAGGAGUACGCGCUGCUGGGGCAGGACAUCCUGGGCAGCCCCGAGAAAUGGGACAAGGUGCUGGCCCUCAUCCCGGAGGAGCACCGGGAGCCGCUGCAGGCCGAGUUCCCGCGGAAGAAGGACUCGGUGCAGCGCUGGGAGCUGCUGCGGGCGCGCGCGGAGCGGGAGCGGGCGCGGGCGGCGCCGUGCCACGCCGACUGGGAGCUGAUGCUGCACUUCUGCUUCCCUCGGCUGGACAUCAACGUCAGCAAGGGCCUGGGCCACCUGCUCAAGAGCCCCUUCAGCGUGCACCCCAAAACCGGCCGCAUUUCGGUGCCCCUGGACCUGCAGAGACUGGACCAGUUUGACCCGUUUGCCGUCCCCACCAUCACGUCCCUGUGCCAGGAGCUGGACAAUGCCAGCAGCGACGGGGAGCAGGAGGAGGUCGGCGAGACGGAGCCGAAACGGCGAGCGAGGGACUAUAAGAGGACGAGCCUGGCCCCUUACGUGAGGGUCUUCGAGCAGUUCGUGGAGGGGAUGGAAAGCGCCCGGCGGGGAGAGCGCAUCCGUCAGAGCGAUCUGCAAGGAGAUUUCUGAGGCCUUGACGCUGAGGGACCCACUGCCGGUGUCACGGAUUGUCAUUGUCACCUCCCCUGGCCGUGGGGGUCCCUUGGAGCAGCCAAACCACACGGGCUCCCUGCCCUUUCCCCAGUUUUUGUACUUUUUGUACUGUUUUCUACGCAAACACCAUUAAAUGUUUCAGGUCACCUGUGUGCUGUGACCGGGAUGUGCUGAGGGAGGUUGGGGUCCCUGCUCUGGAGUGUGGGGUCACUGCCCCCAAUCCCCUGCUUGGAUCCCCUGUCCUGACCCCCUAAACCUUUCUGGACCCCUGUUUCUGACCCUCUAAACCUGACUGGACCCUUCUCUGACCCCCUAAACCUGCCUGGACCCCUGUUCUGACCCCCUAAACCUGCCAUGACCUCGUAACCCUGCCUGGACCCUGCCUUUGGAGUCCCUGCCAGCCCCAGGAAUCCCUGCCCCACCGGCUGAAACCAGGCCCCACAUUCGCAGCAUCUCA